GUGAAAGGCACGAUUUAAACGAAGAUGACUCAGUUCAACGGCAAAGUACUCAUCAAUUGCGACAUGGGCGAAGCGUACGGCAACUAUGCCUGCGGCCCCGACGAUGACAUCCUGCCCCUGAUUGACAUCGCCAAUGUUGCGUGUGGCUUCCAUGCUGGCGACCCCUGCAUCAUGGCCAAGACAGUCGCGCAGUGCAAGAUCCACGGCGUCAAGGUCGGCGCUCACCCUGGCCUCCCCGACAUCCAGGGCUUCGGCCGGCGCGAGAUGCAACUCACGCCUGAAGAGCACACAGCCAACAUGGUCUACCAGAUCGGCGCCCUGCAGGCGUUUCUCGACCGCGAGCAGCUCGCCAUGCACCACGUCAAGCCCCACGGCGUGCUGUACGGCAUGAUGGCGCGCAACGUGGACGUCGCGCGGGCCGUGUGGGCGGGCGUCCCCAAGGGCAUGCGCGUGUUCGGCCUGGCCGGGACGCCCAUGGAGACGGCGGCGCUCGAGGCCGGGCUCGAGUUCUGGGCCGAGUACUAUGCCGACGUCAAGUACCGCGCCGACGGGAGCCUGGUCACGGGCCGGCGGAGGGACACCUGGGGGAUGGAGGACGUGCGGGCACACCUCCGGCUGCAGCUCGAGCGGGGGCAGGUGACGGCAGUGGACACGGGCGAGGUGGUCGCCUUGCCCUCGGUCAAGGACUACCCCGUCUCCGUGUGCUGCCACUCCGACUCGCCGGGGUGCCUAGAUAUCAUCCGGACGGCGAGGGGGGUGGUGGACGAGGUGAACAAGGCGGUUACGGGAUCAUCGUAG